AUGCAUUUCAGUCCAGUCUUCUGGUUCUAUACUAUUCUUCAAUGGAUACUCGAUAAGAUCUUCUCACCCACUCCUCCUCCGCCAGGUGUGCGACUGCGACGGCCAAGGAUUGCAGUCAUUGGGGCCGGACUUACCGGUGUCUCUGCUGCAGCACAUUGCAUUGGUCAUGGUUUCGAGGUGACGAUAUUUGAGGCCGCAGACGAGAAGCAUCUUGGUGGGAUAUGGAGCCAUGUGAACACCACGUCUGGGCUCCAGAUUCACAGCGUCAUGUACAGAUUCCAUCCCUCCGUUAAAUGGGAAGGAGGCUAUCCCAAGCAAAAUCAGAUCGUUGGUCAGAUCCGACAGCUCUGGGAACGCUAUCAUCUCGACGAAAGGACAAAGUUCAACACACCGGUGGAAAAGAUCUACAAGGAUAAACAAGGUCGCUGGGUGAUCAACGAUGUCUCCAAUGGCAGAUUCGACGGCAUCAUUCCAGCCAUUGGAACCUGCGGUGCUCCUAAAAUGCCUGCUCUCCCAGGCCAAGAAGCGUUCAAGGGCGAAAUCUACCACUCAUCCGACCUGGACAAAAAGGAUGCGGAGGGAAAGAGAGUUCUCAUUGUUGGGGGUGGUGCCAGUGCUGUCGAGGCCCUCGAAUGGGCGGUUAACACGGGAGCUGCCGAGAUCAAGGUCCUUGCUAGAUCCGACAAAUGGAUCAUCCCCAGGAAUGCAUUUGUCGACGUUCUCCUUGCCUUCAACAUCUUCGGCCAAGAAACCUUUCUGUCGUGGAUCCCCGAGAAUCUCCUACGCUUGUUCUUCUACCGAGAUUUGAAGGAUAUAGCUCCCGCUGAUCAAGGUUUGUUUACGGAAACGCCCAUGGUGAACAGUGAAAUCUUCCAUUGGAUACGUGCCGGCAAGGCCGCUUGGCUACGUGGCGAUAUCGAUGAGGUCCGCGAGGAUGGCAUUUUCUUCAACCAUCGAACAAAGAAUGUCCCCAAAGGCGGGCCUGGGCGUCACAAAUUGGUGGAAGGAGAUGUGAUUAUCAUGGCAACCGGCUAUAAACGACCCAGUCUCGAUUUUCUUCCGGAAGAGUGCUUCGACGACGGAUACGUACCUCCUCGAUGGUUCAUACAAUGCUUUCCUCCUGCGACUCCAUCCAUCUGCGCGAUCAACGCAACAUACGUUUCGGCCAUCGGCACCGUUGGAAACUAUCAUAUCGGUAUCUAUACGCGCAUGCUGCUGAUGUUCCUGGUUGACCCUCUUACUACGCCGCGGACUUGGUGGAUGAAGCGAUGGGUCGACUUCACCAGUGCAGUCAAGUCGUUGGCUCCCACCAAGGCCUUCGACUUCUUCACAUACUCAGAAUUGAUCUACUGGUUCUGCUUUGUCACGCUGAUCAACCCUUUCAGAUGGAAGUGGGCUCUCUUCGUCUUGUUUGGCAUUGGCCAAGACUUGCCAGCUAAAGUGGUCGAGAAGGAAGACAGGCUGAGGAAUGGCUUGGGCUACAGCAAAAGUAUCAUCGCUGAGUAG